GUCCCAAUGCGUGCCUGCACGGAGUGCGCGCCGAGACCUGUCCCCGAAUCGCCGCCCGGAGCAGGAAGGGCACGCGGGAACAGAGCGAGGGACGGCAAAGGACACUGCGGUCGGGGCCUGCCGGGACUGGGCUGCAGGAGGACGCCAUGAGCGGGAGGUUGUGGUGCAAGGCCACUUUUGCUGGCUACAAACGUGGCCUCCGAAACCAGCGGGAGCACACUGCCCUGCUGAAAAUUGAAGGUGUUUAUGCUCGCCAGGAGACAGAGUUCUACUUAGGCAAGAGAUGUGCCUAUGUAUACAAAGCUAAGAACAACACCGUAACCCCCGGCGGCAAACCCAACAGGACACGGGUGAUCUGGGGGAAGGUAACCCGCGCCCAUGGGAACAGCGGCAUGGUUCGUGCCAAGUUCCGCUCCAACCUCCCUGCCAAGGCCAUUGGACACAGAAUCCGAGUGAUGCUGUAUCCAUCCAGGAUCUAAAUUUUUAUUGGAAAUAAAAUACAGAAUCUGUUCCAUUUUUGUACAUUCCUGUUUUUAAUCCCCUCCACCUGUAUUAAGAGAUGUUAUUCUACAGUGGCAUACCACAACACACAGCACAGUGGUGUAGUAGUGACUCUAAACUAGCUCCUAAGCUGGUGACUUGACCCAUACUUCUUAAAGGCAUCUCUUGAGCAGGCUACCUUUGAAAAGGUAGAUAACUGGCAGCCUUUAUCAUGACCAGUCAUUGCCUCCAGCAUAGAAUCUGAAUGGUACGUAGGGCGAAACAGUAAAUGUUUACAACCUUUGUAAACUGUGCACCCAAGUUUUCUAUAGAAAAUGAGAAAUAUUUCCUUGCCUCCUCAAUAAAGGGAGAGCUUGUA